AAAGCGGGUUUCGGAUACGUUAUUUACAAAGUUAAAAAAAAAUGUACAAGUUUGCAGUAGUUUUAACAAAUUAAAGCCAUGAGAGGCAAAAAAAAUAAAUAAAAGCAAAUUAAACUUUGCAAUUCAAACAAGGCGAAUGCAGUAGUUCUAUUUUUAGACCAACAGACCCCCGCCCCCACCUUGCCAAGGUCGUUGUCAAGGGGAAGUCCACGCACCUCAUCCCUUCCGCGCCGCCCAGUGCUCAGUCAGUCACGCAUUGUCUUCAAGUGUAGUGUGUAAACAUAACCUCAACACAACACAAUAAUUAGUGUCCUUACGAACGUAGUGUCCACUUGAAUGUCGUGUGUGCGUUUCUCUUUCGUUUUGUUAUACGAGUUUAGUAUUAAGUAGAUACUGUAUUUCUGUGCUAACUAUAACUUUUUGUUUUCUAGAAUUAAAUAAUGCCUCGUAAAUUAAAAAAGGCUUUCAAAUAUGUGUUUGGAACUAAUGUGCAAUACGGUCCACCGCCGUGACAAGUGGCUAGAACACUGUAAAAAGAAACACCUCUAUAAGUUCAAAAACAAUAUUGAUAUAAAAUAUAAAAUAACAGAGGAGAAAGAAGGUGAUGGACCUUAGAUACGCUACAUGGGACGUGGAGAACGUUCUACUUUAACUAUGGACGACGAACCUCAACCAUCAACUUCUGCGCAAUCAUCGGCUAUUGAAAGAUUGGUGGUGCCUGGGCUAGAAGACAAUCCACAUUCUGGAAAAUCAGCUGUCCAAGACCGCAACGAUGAAGAAGUUGAGCUGCAGUGUCACCAAAGAGGAGAUGGAUCUAAAUAUACGCCUCUAAUACUUGUUCACGAUAAAGAAAUUGAACUUCCAACGUCCUCAAUGGAAACUAGCCUGCCAAUGUCAACACCAGAAGAAGAAGACGAAGUUUUAGAAAAUAUAGAGGACAACAUACCCACAGAGAAGAUACCUGAACCUAUUACUUUCACCGAACUUCAAUUCUCUACAAUCGAUCCUACAGAUCCAGCAUUUUAUGCAAACAAAAGACUCUCUGCUGAAAUAAUUAACGAAGCACUAAAGCUGGAAUUGCAAGACCUAAGUAUAAUAGAUUUUCCUUCCUCAUCUGGUAGAAAAUUCAACCCAAAAGUUAAAAAAAGUCUUUUACCUAAUGGAACAACCAAAGAUAGGAAGUGGCUUGUUAACAGUAGACAUGAUAUGAUGCUGUAUUUUGUUUGCAUUGUUUGAUAUUUGCUUUGCCAUCAGAAAGAACAAUUUGGGGUACCACAGGUUAUAGGGGUUGGACGGAUCAUAGAGGAGAUCGAGAUAUUGAACUUCAUGAAAAAUCAAAAAUCCAUAUUUCUUCUCAAAUUGGUAGAUUGCAAUGGAUAUCCAAAAAAAGAGUUGAUACUGAUUUGACUGAGCUAAAUGAUAAAUUAGUCAGUCAUCACCGUGAGGUUCUAUCGGUCGUUAUAGACUGCUGUCGGUAUCUGACCGAGGAGAUGUUGGCUUUUCGAAAUAAAGAGUCCCUAAACGGAAAACUAGUAAAUUUAUCUCGAUUGCUUGCUAAGUAUAACCCAGACGCAAGAGUUUAUUUGGAGAAGCUUGAUAAGUCAAAAGAAAAUAAAACUAAACUUGGUCCUAAUUUUCUGAGUUACAGAAACAUUGAUUUAAUAAAUGUCAUGAAUAGAAUUGUUGUUUCAAGAAUUGUGGAUCAUGUUAAUGAAACUAAUACGUAUUCUUUAAUUCUUGACUCCACACAAGAUGUUAGCAAGAAGGAACGCACACUUUCGCAGUGCUAAUUCGAUAUGUCGAUCACAGAUACAUUUGGAGAAAUCAAAGAGAAUGUGAAGCCAGAAGAGCGGAUUGUUAACGUUUUUACUAGCGGAGACACAACUGGCAAAAACUUAUCAAUUGAGCUAUUAAAAACUCUCCAGGAAAUUGGAUUUCAUAAGAAUGGUAUGAUUGGGCAGAGCAUGGAUGGUGCGGGAAACAUGCGUGGUCCAUUUAGUGGGGUCAAAUCAUUUGUCCUCAAGGAAUGCCCUAAAACAUUCUACAUUUGGUGUUGUUCGCAUAGAUUUGCCUUAGUUGUCGAAAAAUCAAUGGAAUUGUGCCCACUCUACAAGAAUUGUACAAUUUCAUGUCUGGACAUAAAAGACAUCAUAUCUUCGUAGAGAAGUUAGAAAAAGGUCCAUGUCAGGCUAGAAAAAAGUGUUUGAAAAGAGUAAAUACGACAAGGUGGUCAAGCAAAAACGAUGCCGUAAAAACCAUUAUAACUUGCUAUGAUGUCCUAAGAGAAACCCUGGAAGACAUAUCUGAUAACACUCAAUCUGAAACGGACUCAAGAACAUCAGCAAAAGGACUUCUGAAAGCACUAUUUGAUUAUGAAUCUGCUGCAGUUAUGAUCAUUGCUGCCGAACUAUUCAAAAUUCUGUCACCAGUGACUGUUUGUUUACAGUCUAAAAUUAUUGACUAUGGAAUGAUUCCGACAGUGGUGUCUGAAACUAUUUCUAAACUCCAAUCUAUGAGAACCGACAAGGGAUGGGAAAAAAUGGUGGGCAGUAUUAAUCAUUUUGCUCAAGAACACUAUCUCCAGAAAACUUCAAACAAACGAAUCCGAAAGAUAAAAAGAUUCAUGGACGAACUUGCCAUUGAUGAAAUAAUAUUAGAUCCUAUGGCAAAACUGAGGACAGAAGUCUUCUUUAAAGUGCUUGAUUCCGUGAUCACACAACUACAUGAUCGUUUUCCUGAAAGGUCAUUAAAUUUUGUGCAGCAAAUGACUAAUUUUUCUCACGAAAAGCUGCUAAACACUGGGGACGACACCCUAAACCCAGACAUUGUCAGUGAUAUGUGUGGUUACUAUGGAUUGGAUACCGAGAAACUUUGUGAGGAGUUUGAUGUUUUCAGCCAGUUAUACAAAGGCAGCUAUCAAAAUAUUGACCUGUCAGAUGUCCUUUCUUCAAAAGAUGAUAAAUACAAAAAUGACAAACUAACCAAUGACGAAGUUGAAGUUGAAACCCAAGAUUCUUAUGAUGAAACAUUGGAUUGUACAAGUACAAUUGCAAAGCAACGAUAUCUUGAUCAAUGGAUCAAGAAGGGCUUUAUAAGACCCUAUCGCUGUUUAUUGAACAUAUCUGGGUUUCCAUAUUUGACAUCAUUGUAUCAGAUAAUUCUCGCCCUGCCAGCAACAAGUUGCUCAGCUGAAAGAGCAAUGAGCAAACUUAAAAUCGUUAAAAAUAGAUUGAGAAGCAGUAUGGGUGAUACCUGGUUGUCUGAUAUGUUGGUUUUGGCAUCCGAAAAGGAUAUUUUACAAUCAAUUCCAAACAGUGAGAUCAUAGACAAAUUUGGCAUUUCAAGUGAGAACAGGAAAAAACUGCUGCUUUACAAAGGCCAUCAAGGGUAAUCAAGGGUUAAGUUCAUCAAGUUAGUUACCUUUUUGAAAUACCUCUAGCCAUUUUGACUUUUAAUUAUAGUACUGUACAUUGAUUUAUUAUUUUGUAUGGCAUAUGUGUUGUUUAUACAUUUUAUUAAAAAAAUUGACAAUAAUUAUACUGUAUAAUUUAUACACCCCCAUGAAUGGUAAAUGUUUUG